GACAAGCGCUGCAUCAAGAUGCUCGGGAAGGCCAUUUAUAUUGUCGGUAUAAAGAUGGUUCCGGCUGCCGUGAGUUCUAGGCUACAUUUGGGCUACGUCGAUCAGCAAAGCAAGUCUAGGGCUUAGGAAUGUGUCCACAUUGAUUGUGGCAUCAAGUGCGGCCGUUGAACACGAGAUACUUACACACUUGCUAUGUCGUCGGUCCCCCCGUCGUCCGUCUAUCUUGCACUGCUGAUCCUUGGCGCGACAUUACUCGCGCGUCGAUGGGGAAACAAACACAACAGGGAAACCCUACCUGGACCCAAAGCCAUCCCUCUGAUCGGGAAUAUACACCAACUUCCGAGGGAGUACCUCGAACAGACAUUCGCACAAUGGGCUGGGAAAUACGGUGACCCAAUAUUCGCGAGGUUCUUUCGUACUCCGACGCUGAUCAUCAAUACCCAACGGGUUGCGCGGGAUUUGUUGGAGAAAAAAGGCGCGAUAUAUUCGAGCCGUCCCCGAACCGUCUUGAUGUCUGAGAUAAUGGAGUGGUUCACCGUCGUACUUCUUCCAUACGACAGCGAGUCGCGACGCAGACAACGGAAGUGGAUUCAACAUGCAUUCAACGACAAGGACGCGAUCAUCACCCAUGAACCCAUCCGAAGAAGGGAGACGUACAAGUUACUUUUGUCCUUGAUGCAAGAACCGGAAGACUUCGUGACGCACGUCAAACGGUUUGUUGCAGCGAUUCUGACCGAGAUCACUUAUGGCUAUACCAUCACGUCCCUUGACGAUCCGUGGUUUGUGUUGAUGGACAAAGCCGUCCAAGGCACUGGAGAAGGAGGGUCUGCGGCAGCGGUGCUCGUCGACUUCUUUCCCAUCAUGAAGCACAUUCCUUCCUGGAUGCCCGGUGCGGGCUUCAAACGGCAUGCCUUGGCAGUCAAGGAAGAUAUUCGAAAGGCUACGCAGAUGACCUACUAUUCAGUCAAAGAUGCCCUUGUAGCGGGUACCGCGAGGCCGUCAUUCGCGGCAGCGCUCAUCGAAGACGCGCAGCGAAAUGGAACAUUGGCUCGACACGAGCUCGAUAUCAUGGCAGCCUCAAGCACUAUCUACGCAGCUGGAAUGGACACAACAAGGGUUGUCUUGAUUACGUUCAUAUUAGCCAUGGUUCUCCACCCAGAGGUACUACGGAAGGCACAAGCCGAGGUCGAUCUAGUAGUUGGUGCCGAUCGACUGCCAGAACCGGACGAUAGGGAGAAGUUGCCCUACAUCGAGUGUCUCAUCAAGGAGACACUGCGCUGGUGUACGCCGAUUCCAUUGGGGAUCCCGCAUUGUCUCACAGAGGAUGACAAUUAUGAAGGAUACGCUAUUCCAAAGGGGUCAACCGUCUUGACAAACAUCUGGGCGAUGACUCAUGACGAGGAAACCUACCCGGAUGCGUUUGCUUUCCGGCCAGAACGGUUUAUCGGUGUGGACUCGAAGACAGCAGACAGCACUGAUCCUCGCGCCGCCAUCUUCGGAUUCGGCAGACGGAGCUGCCCAGGCAGGUAUUAUGCAGAGGCAAAUGUAUUCAUGGCAGUGGCUAGCAUAGUUGCGACGCUGCAUAUCAGUAAAGCCCGGGAUUCUAGAGGUGAGGAGGUGACACCGUCGACGAAGUUCGCUUCUGGACUUACUCGUGUUCCGCCCACUUUUGUUUGUACUAUUGUUCCUCGGUCCCCGCGUGCAGUGGGCCUUGUGUCCGAAUUGCUCGAUGGGUUACCCGGGUAAAUGAACCAUACUUCUACGCACGGAAUGACUAUAUGGGUCUGGCGCUGCAUCUGCAUUACUACGGC